AUGUUAAAAAUCNGACCUGAGGAAAGAGAAGAGCAUAUGAAGACUUGUGAAAGUAGGCAUAAGUAUCUUGAUGCACUGAAACGAAGUCAAGAAAUUGAAUGCAGUGUUUGCCUUGAGCGUGUUCUGUCAAAGCCUAUAUUAGCUGAGCGCAAGUUUGGGCUGCUAUCCGAAUGUGAUCAUCCAUUUUGCAUAUCCUGUAUUAGGAAUUGGCGGAGUAGUAACCCAACAUUGGGGAUGGAUGUUAAUAGUACAUUGAGGGCUUGUCCUAUUUGUCGUAAGUUAUCGUAUUUUGUCAUUCCAAGUGUCGUUUGGUACUCAACAACUGAAGAGAAACAAGAAAUCAUUGACAAAUACAAGGAAAAGCUCAAGUCAAUUGACUGCAAGCACUUUGACUUUGGGGAUGGUAACUGCCCUUUCGGAUCUAGUUGUUUCUACAAGCAUGCAUAUCGAGAUGGCCGUGUGGAGCAGGUAGUAUUGCGACAUCUAGGUGCUGCAGAUGGAAAUACCGUAAUUGCAAAAGAUAUCAGGUUGUCGGAUUUCCUUUCCAACAUGCAUUUAAGAUGAACGGAAGGCACCAGAGAAAGAGGCUGCACACUUGGGCAUUCUGUCGUUGUAAUAAAGUGCAUGUGCUAUAAAUGGUAGUUGGACAUGGUACGAGGGUAUAAACUUAAAUAAAUUCAUUUUUAAAGCAUAUAAAUCGAAGUAUGGAUUGGUGGUGGUAUACUCUAUUAGAAGCAUGGUGGAAUGCACUCUUUUAUCCAUCAGUGAGACUUUUAGAACCAUUACUUUUUUCUGGUGGAUUUCAAAGUAAUAUGCAAAAAUUGAUUGGGGUGAUGAAGUUUUCCUGUUCUAUUAUUGAGAUCUUAAAGAGAUACAUUUCUGUUGUAUACUUGGAUUUCCUUGCUGUGGUUGGCACAGUACCAAGAAUCUUAGGAUAAAGGAUUCAACAUGUCUUGUAUUGGUUUUGUUAUUUUCUUUAGGAUUUUGUCAGAGCCCUUUUUGUGGCUUAUAUAGAUUCCUUUUUUUUUUUGUUUUU